GGUUAAGGCAGGGCGGAGGGUUGCUCGCGUGCAAAAUGCCAGUGGCUUUCAUCACAGUGAAACUGCCCAAUGGCAGCCUCGUCCAUUUGGAUGUUGACCUGAAGACCCGGAUCGAGGAGUUUCGAUCUAUCCUAGCCCCAAAGUGCGGCAUCAAGCGACAUCGGCAACGCUUGGUCUUUGCAGGUCGUUUAUUGCAGGAUGGGCGGACCCUGGAAGCCUACGGCGUCGACAGGAACAGCACCAUUCACUUGUUGCAUGGCCAGCAGGGUGGUGCUGAUGGCCCUGGUGGGGUGGACAUCAGCCAGAUGCCGCCGCAAUUGGCCGCGCUUCAGAGACACGUCCUUCAGAAUCCAGACAUUCUGCAGCAGAUGCUGGAGUCCCCAGCGAUGCAAAGUCUGCUGAACGAUCACGACUUCAUGCGGAGUUUGUUGAAGAUGGACCCACGGCUGUCGAAGCUCUUGGAGAACUGCCCUGAGCUGAAUUUGAUGCUGCACGACCCAGAGGUCAUGAAGCAGGCCACAGAAGCUUUGCGGAACCCUGUUCACGUCCGUGACGUGAUCCGCAGCACAGAUCGCUCCAUGUCACAGCUUGAGGGACUCGGAACUGGCUCCUUCGAUGUCCUCAGGCAAAUGUGCGAUGACAUCCGUAGGCCGCUGCAGGACGAAGAGUAUGUCCGCUUGUUGGCGGCCGCGGAAGCACAGAAGAAGGAAGCGGAGAAGGCUGAAAAGCUGAAAAAUGAACGAAAAAUGCACGGAGCAGAUGAGGACGAAGCGGCCAUGGAUCCUUCAGGUGAAGAUGAUCCAAGAGAAGGGGAGCCCAAAGAGUUGUUCGAUGAGGCAGCGCCAGUGCUGGACGAUGAAGAAGAUGAGGGUGUUGAAGCGCCAGCUUGGGUCGGUACCUUUGAUACCAAUGCCAUGGCAGCUAUGAUGCAGGACCAGAACAUGCAGUCGUUGCUGGCGCAAUUGGUCCAAGCCAUGCCAGGGUCUGGGAUCAAGAUCCAUCCAGACGAUCCUUUCCUUGAUCCUGGCUUUAUUGGGCAGAUGUUCCAUGCCCAGACCAUCGAUUCCAUGGUGAAACUGCAAGACGCAGUGGAGAAAUUGUCCAUGACGGAUGGCGCCAAGAGCGCAGCUCCUGGAUCGAAAAAGAAGGGACAAGACAUCAAAGAUGAAGGCCCGGCUUACGAUUCGCCAGCGGCCUUGAGCGGUUUGCAUUAUAGGAGUCCUGCUCACAACUUCAAAGAGUCCUUCUCCAUGUUCCUUGCGGCUGAGCAAGAGAGUCCAGAAGUCAGGUACAAAGGUCAGCUGCAGGCCAUGAGGAAUAUGGGCUUCACGGACACGGAAGCUUGUAUCCAGGCGCUGCACAACUGCGAUGGCAACAUGAACAAAGCAGUGGAGCUGUUGAUGGAAAAAGCCGAUCGAUAGGCGUCUGGCAGAAUUCAAGCAGAGAAUGCUUCCUAAAGGGAGGCGGUAUCACACCUCCGGUGCAGCGGUUGGUGCCCAUGGUCGGCAUCGCUGCAUCGCUGGCGAUAACGAAACCUCGCAGGACGAAUCAAGGCUUUGCGGGCAGAAAAA